AAUCCUUUGUUUUGUUUUUAUUCUUGGAGUUUUGGUGGGUGGAGCCCGGUCUAUUUUUUGUUGCUUGCAGUUGUUGUUUAUUUAUAGAAUAAAUAUGGGAUUCCACGAGGGUAGAAUAUUUUUAGAUAGUGAAAGUGGUAUUUACAAUCCUGGCCAAACAAUUUUCGGGAAGUUGGAAUUUGUUCAGGGCAAGGUCAAAACUUUUCGAGGAAUAUAUGUGAAAGUGAAAGGGUUUGCCCACGUACACUGGACGACGAGCCACACUCGCCGACAUAACGACAAGACGGAACACUACACCGUCAGCCACACCGGGCACCAGGAGUUCUUCCGAGUCAAGCAGUAUCUGAUUGGAGGCGAAAAAGGAGAGAUCGAACUUCAACCUGACAAGUACUCAUUCCCGUUCCAAUGCCACAUCCCCGCGCACUGCCCGUCCUCAUACGAGGGCACCCACGGCCACAUCCGGUACGAGGUGAAGGUGGUCGUGGACCGAGCCUUCAAGAUCGACCAGGAGAAGGAGAUACGGUUUCAGGUGGAUGCGCCACUUGAUUUGAAUACUAUGCCGCAGUUGCGGGAGCCCAUAAACUUCGAGAUGGUGGACUCGUACUGCUGUUUCUGCAUGAACUCCGGCUCCAGCAACACAGUGGUUAAGGUGCCAGUGUCGGGGUUCGCGCCCGGAGACGCGGUGCCUAUAGAGGUGGAAUGCACCAACAAGGGAGACGUGGAGAUUGAUAGUAUCAAGCUUAAACUUGUUAAGAAAACCACAUUCACCGCGACAGACCACCCGGACACUAAGCACGAAGAAGAGACCAUAGCUGAGGCGGCCAAAGGCCCGUGCCCCGGAGACAGCACCAAGAGCUGGCUGGUCACUCUGGAGGUGCCGCUCAUGGAUAUUAAUAAUGUCAAAGCUUGCAGUGUUAUAGAUGUGGAUUAUGUUUUUGAGGUGAAAGUAAACCCAUCAGGCUGCCACUCGUCUUCCGAAGAAGAAGCUUCAGUGACCCUGGGAACCACUUCCCUACUGAGAGACUCUCCCGAAGUUCCUGAACAGAACAUGCCCCAAAACGCCUUCCCCGGCCAAACACUUGGCCUCUCCCCUUACCCUGGCGGAAACGUGCCAUACCCAGUCGGAGACAACCCAUACCCAGCCGGAAACACCCCGUACCCAGCUGGAAACAGUCCUUAUCCAGCGGGCAACAUGCCAUAUCCUCCUGGAAGCGUUCCAUACCCACCUGGAAAUGUGCCCUACCCGGCCGGAAACGGGCCAUACCCUGCAAAUAUGCCGCAACCGGCUGUAAACGUGCCAUACCCGGGUGGAAACGCGCCAUACCCGGGCGGAAACGCACCAUACCCGGGCGGAAACGGACCGUACCCGGCCGGAAACGGGCCAUACCCGGGCGGAAACGGACCGUACCCGCCUGGAAACGGCCCGUACCCCGGGGCGCCCUCACCCUACCCACCGCCGUACCCCGGAGGUCACCUGCAGAUGCCAGAACCCGCUGAUGUUAAGAAGUCACCAAUUAUGGGCUUUAGAUCCGAAGAGUCUGCGCCGUUGAUACCUUGUGACAACCCGCCUCAGGUCAACCCUUACGCUUCAGCCUCCGCGCCGGCAAUACCAAACGACAAUACUACUAACCCCACUGUGCCAGAAACCCCGACUGCGCCGACCCCGUACAACCCGGAGUUUAUGGACAAGAAAUAAUCUCCGAACGAUCUCAACUACUAACAUCACAUAAAGUAAGAAUACUUUUACUACGGGAGUAUUUCAAAACUAUCCAGGAAUGGAUACGAUGCUUAAUUAUAACUGAGAUAUUUUUUACGAAAUUAAAUAAUUAUAGUAUUUGCUAUAGUCAAUAUGAACUAUUUUAAUAUUUGCAAGUCAAUUGGUAAACAUUUUUAUGAAUUUACAAAUUAUGUAAUUAUAAUAAAAUCUCAAGCUUACUCGUAUACGCUGAAAUGCAUCAUAAUAAGCCAUCAAUGGCCAUAAUGCGUAGUUCCUGCUGCUCUCUCUAGCAUUUAAUUAAUAUUUUAGGCGUUGCUU